AAUCAGUUUUGUUUAUCUGUAGCGAACCCGCGUAGACGGUAGUGUUGCUUGUUCCGUGCUAACGCGAAUCGAUUCAAUCCAAUAUUUUGGUAAUUUAUAUUGUUGUGUUUGCUCUGAAUUAUUUUGUGAAUGGUACAAUAACAUAAGAGUGCGAGGAAAGUGCUACAAAAAUUUUUCUCGCAGCGGACACGUUGAGCUCUCCCAGCGUGGGGCUGCGGCCAACCCCGCCGGCAGCCAUGGUGCAGGAGGGCGAGGCCAGCCUGAUCGCGCCGCGCCGCCUGCCCAACCCCUGCCUCGAGUCGCCACAGCGCAUGGACCUGCAUCGCGAGCUCAUGUUCAAUCAGAGGAUAGGCAAAAACGUUCUUAAUCAAAAGAGCGAACUAGAAAAGGCGCUCUCAAAACACAAAGAGAAGCAAAUCCUGAACCAGGAGAAGGAACACAAGGAAACUCCAGAGCUGGAGCGUGCGAUAGCUGAACGUGCUCGUCGCCUGGAACUCGCCGAGGCGGGGGAGUCUCCCCCCCCGGACCCCGCCACCAACCCCACGCUGCAGGAGGUGCGCGCGCGGCUGCGACACGCCACCCCCGCUACCCAGUGAUCAGAAAAAAAACAAAAUCAGAAUCCCUAACCUCCUUUGUUGCUACCAAAAAGUUUGCUUUGGACGGCCUCCUUCGUGGCUACCAAAAAGUUUGCUUUGGACGGCCUCCUUCAUGGCUACCAAAGAGGUCGUAUACUUCCAACUUUGAAUUUUUUCAAUCGAGUGAUGCGGCCUCCUUUGGCUACAAAGAAGUUCGUGUGCAAUGUCCGCCAAAUUCUUCCCCAUUCCAAAUUUAAUUUUGAUAUGAUAGAUUUAGAAAAGGAUUCGCGAUUGCGAUUCCUUACUAUUUGUCGUGGUUUGCGGUGGUGAUGGCCAAAUUAACAAUGAAUAGAGCACCAGAGUUUUUAAUCAACCGAACAAAAUAUAAAUAAUUCAACACUGCUAACGCCAUCUAGAUUUAACGAAACCAAACUAAAGUAUCGCUCACUACCGACAUCUAUACUUAAUUGAUAGAAACUAAUUUAACACUUGACUUUUAAGCUUGGUUGAUACGUUACUUUUGAAUAUCUAGAUGGCAUGCAAAGAUGAAUCAUGGUAAUUGAUAAAAAAGAAAGAAACGAAUAAAACUAAUCAUUCUGUUGGGCAAGGUUUGAAAUGGAUAUGAAUCUAGAAUAUAGGAAUGCUAAGUUUGAAAAGAGCUGUGUGUGAAUGUGUGUGAGUUGAUUGAACGCCUUGCUAAGCUUUGCCUUUGCAUCUAAUAAUGGCGGAAUAAUUCCUUUAAAAAUGUUUUUUGAUAAUUUCAACAAUAAAUUACUUAUAGGUUAUAAAAUUGUAGCUUCUUAGGUACAUGUACCUAUUUGAUAAAAUUCCUUGUUAUUUUAGUUGAUAAAGAAAAAAAAGUUGGAUACAUAAAAAAUCCAAGCCAGUGUCAUAAAUAAUGUCAAUCCCGAAUGUUUUUCUUUGGCUUAUUGUUACCAAAUAUAAUUUAAUUUGAAACGAACGCUGUAUUUGCGCAUGAUAUCUUACAAUGACUGAGGAAUCGACUGCACGGGUGUGUUAAAUAAGUAUAUAAGGGUAAAAUCGACUUGAGCAGAGAUAUAUAAUUAUUUUUCUAGACAUUUUAACGUCACAAAUACCUUUUCAUGUAGAAAACCAUUUGUAAACUUUUACUGUUCUUGUUAAUCCCUAGAAUACUUACCUUAACGUUAUGUCAGAUUAUAUCUACUUAAGUGAUCGGUGGUCUCAUAACUACAUACUGAAAUAUGAUUCAUUUCAAUGAGGUACCUUGACUACCUUCAAACUUGUCUAAAUUUGACAGAAUUAUGCUUGCUUAUAUCAUUGUGACAAAUAGUAUUAUUUAGUGUUGCCUAAAAACGUAAUAUCUUCGUUUUUUAAGUAUUAUAUGGUUGUAAAAGAACUAAUUUCAUAUAUGAUUAUACAUAUAAGUAUAAGUUAUGAGCCACCGUUUGCUAUACCUACCCGAAAUAAAAUAAUAAAAACGAGAUAUAAGUAGAGAAGUAAAACAUAUUUUACUAAAAUAAACUGUUAGGUAACGUAGAUAGAUGUUGACGUAGACGAAUAUUUGUCUGUAGAUCAUAUUUUAUUCAAAUAACUGUAUUUUCAAUAAUAUUCGCAUUAGUAGAAAUCUUGUCUUAUGAACGAAUGAACAAAAUAGUGACCCCUACCCUUAAAUACUAUAGCAAUACUUAUUGAUGUAAAACUAUUUACAUAGAGUACCUAUAUCUAGAUGGAUAUAUACCUACUAUUUACUUAUACCCACUUUGUGUGUUGUACUAGUGACCAGAAUGUAUGAAUUUCAAGUGUUCAUGAGAGUGCUAGAUGAGAAAUAUUUUUGUAUUAUUAAACAGUUUAUGACCUGUAGACGUCGAACAGUUAAGAAUAGAUUUUUAAAUAUGUAGCAACUUUAAAUUGUCUUCAGAUUAAUUAAAAAGUAUUGAUUAUAAAACUCCUCUGUCGAUAUUUAUAAAUUAAUACCUAUAAUAUAGCAUCUGCGCAUAAAGUAGUAACUGUGGCUAUUAAAUUAAAAAAGGCUUGAGUUGGUGGCAAAAUUGUGUGUAAUAAAAUACCUAUCUGUUUGCUAACUGAGCUAGACUUAAAUUUGCUAUAUUGUGUACCUAACUAGUCAGAAACAUAAAAAAAUCCGAAAUUCAUUUUUUGAAAACGUAAUUCAAUUUCAAAACGUUCAGUUCUGUCUCCAUUGUGCCUAUUUAUAAAAUUGUUAUUUCUUUCAGAGUAUUCGUUAUUUAUGAUUAUGAUAAAUUAGAUAUAAAAAUGUAGGAUCAAGAUUCUCGCUCAUUUUUAAAAGAGGGAAUUAUCAUUCCACUUGUUAAAUUCUUUCACUGUCAUCAGUUUCUUUCUAUAAAUGGGUUAUUUCUUUUUAUAUGUUAAGAUUAUUGUUAAGUUGAAUUAUUUGUGUCAGUACAAAUGGCGUCUUCUGUGCGAAGUAUUAAAAUAUUGUAUAGCUUUGUGUCAUUCAUGUGGCCAUUUGAGUUGAAUUACUAAUGUGACUAAAAGUACCUAAUGUUAAGUGAAUAUCAUACUUUCGUAACAAAGUUGACAAUCAAAGUGUAUGAAAAUUCAAUAAGUAAGUUGAAUAGAGAACAUAAAUAAAAGUGUUUUAGAAAUA